AUGGAUCGCAGCCAUGAUCGUUCUCAGUGUAAUAGUUCUGACAGACGUUCCACUCCGAGAAUGACCAAUGUCUACAAAUCUACGAACAGAUCGUCAUUUAUUUCGCAUGACAAGAGUAGUUUAACUUAUCAUGAUGGGAACAUCGAAAAUUCGUUAAACUUGGUGACAUCCGAUGACAAAAGAGGUCAUGGAACUGCAGCUCCUGAUUAUUCGCUGCAUCGUAAUGUGAAACGCAAUGGUUCAAACAGAUCUCGUAAUUCCCCACCAGUGUAUCUAGCUUUGAAAAGUCAUCGUGAAUUUGUUGAUAUAGAUAGAACUGAGGUGGGCUCAAUUGAUAGUACGACAAAGGAAGAAAAACUACAAAGAAGUCAUAAUCCGCAACAAAGUGUUGAAAAUGCACAAAUAACAACAGAAGAUGUCGAACAGUUGACGGGUUUAUUUUGCAAACAUGUUGCGGUUUGUGGAGAAGGUUGA